AUGGAUGCCUACCCCGACGACUAUAUCGCACACAAUCUGCCGCUGAUUCUCGUGUCUGGUCUUGCCAACAACGACAAGGACGACGAUCCUCAUCAGUCCGAAUACCCACUUCUUGAUCAGUCCGGUACCUUAGUCGAGUCAGACCUUCCGCUGCUGGACGGUCCGCUUGUCAACGACCUGCGGGAUGCUUUUCUGGACUAUGAUGCGUACGGUGCGCGGUGGAGAGCGUCGGCUGAUACUGGCCGUUCAAACAGUAUUGCCUCAAGGGUCAAGCUGACCGGGCGGACCUAUCGUCUUCCUCCUCGAAAGGCAGGCUUCCCCUCGGAUGCAGAUCUCAGUGCUUCUUCUGGAAUCCCCGUUGUACAUUCUCCCAUCUCGCCCUUGACGCCUGGCUCACCGACAUUUCCCGAUGGCCUGAUUACACCCUUGUGGGUGCACAAACACCAGGGUUUGAUCCCGGCGGCCGUUAUAAACGCCUUGUCUAUCACAUCCGACCCUAGCAUGAGUACGCUGCGGGACAAUCAAUUGAAGAUCGAAAUCAGGGGCCUGAAGGAAUCAUGGGCUGCCUCGGGCUACAAAUCUCGUUUUAUCGUGAUAUUGGUGGCAGAUGAUGACAUCAACUCUCAAGAACUAGAUGAACGACUAUCGAAUAUUCGACGAGCUACAAACUUGGACCCCAGAUCUCUUCAUGUCCUGUACCCUGAUCUGUCGACCGUUGAAGUGAAGGACUUUGUGCGGUCAUUGUUAUCGUCCCUUCAGCCUUCCUUGGUGGAUUACUACCGAGAUCUAUCUAAACACGCCCGGCGAAAGCGCAAUCGAGGGACAAUUCCUCCGCCAACUGCCCCGCCGACGAGCGGAACGUCUCAGACACUGUCUUUUCAGGGCUGGAAUGUUCGCUAUGAAUUCAAGCUCGGCGUUUUUGCUGAAUUCCGGCAAGAGAUGGAAGCAGCUCAGCGUAACUUCGAGGCCGCGUACGAAAUCUUAUUUGGACAAGAGGUUUUCGAGUCAAUUGCAGCCUGGCAUCCAAGGUUCAACGAAGCUCGGCUCCUGGGAGACAUUUUAGCUAUUCGCAUUAUUCGAUGUUUGCUGUGGACCACCCAGACGACGGCAGCAGUACGAUUUUGGUUAAGCCAUAGAGCCAAUACCGAGGACAUUGUUCACCGCAAAGGCAAGGGAACAAAGAACUACGGGUGGAAAGCCUGGGAUUCUAGGUGGUCGACCGUUAUGUCUCAACUGAUCUCGCGAGCCGACCUACCUGCAUUUCAACCGGACUUGCUUCAGGAUCCUACACGAAUCCAUGAAUCGAUAAUCCACCCUCCUGAGAAAGGGCUGUUGAGAAAUGAAGUCUCCACUCCUUGGGAACUGCUCCACCAUCAGGGCUACUGGCUUGAUCGUUCCGCGAAACACCUGAUUCAGCGUCAUGCACUUGCGGAAACAAUUCCAGAAGAGCACCGCAACUCAACAAAUCAGUCUCCGGCGUCGCAAGUUGUAGCCAAGCUACAAUUUUAUGAUGUCUACUUGGUUCCUGAACCACACGUGGAGGCUCCACACUCAACAAACUCUGGUGUGGAUCAUUUCUCUUCUAUAAUAGAUACGUUGAAAGCUUCUGUGGAGCACUUUGCAGUCAGGGGGCAAAUAAGAAAAGUUGAAAGCUUAAGCUUGGAAAUCGCAAAAUUUCACAUAAAGAAAGGAGAGUGGGCCAAUGCUUAUGAGACUUUGAAGCCCCUCUGGCCGACUUUGACGUGGAGGAAAAGUGGCUGGUGGGACCUUAUGAGCGAAUUUACCUGGACACUUAGAAAAUGUGCCGUCGAGCUCAAUGACAGUGAGGCUUUGGUUUGGAUUCAUUGGGAACUGCUAAGUAAAGUUCUACAACCGCUGUCAGAUUGGAACUAUGAUUUCAAUCAUUGCUUAGAUGCAGUUGCCGCUGGCGACUCUAAACCCACAGUGGUCCUCAAUGCUGAGGACGUGCUAUCAUGUUUGUCUGCUUCGUUAGUUUUUGAGAAGUCCGAGGGCAAUGUUGGCGAACCCUUGCAAGCCCAGUUGACCGUUGUUUCUCUUGCGCAACCGGAUUCCGCUCCGAUAAGGCUCUCGGAAGUCAGGCUUGAUUUUGACGGCACCUUACGUCCGAUCAAAUUGCAAGCAGAUGAUGUAGCAGAUCAAGAGGGAGACGCUCCACAGUGUCGGAUUUCUAAUAUAACCUUGCGUGAUGAAGCAGACCCGGUCGAUUCAACCUCAUCUUCGUCUCUGACAUCGAUGGUGGGGACAGCAGACCUGACUUUGAGGCCAUCUCACACCAGAGUAUAUAAUUUAACAGCAGUUCCGCGCGAGGCAGGAGAGGCCAAUAUUGCAUCCGUCACCCUUGCUAUUGAAGAGGAGAAAUUUAGUUUCUCGUACGUGACAACCAAUCGUCAACAACGAAUGCCCUUUUGGUGGAUGAACAGCUCGCAGGGUCCGCGGAAAAAGCGAAUUGGCAAAGGACGUGACAUCAGCGCCUGUCAAAUCCGCCCCAAGCCUCCCAAGAUUCACAUAUCUACCCCGAAUUUGGAGAAGCACUACUACACCAAUGAGCGUGUGGCAUUGCCUGUGGCCAUGAAAAACAAUGAAGACGAUGUUGCUGAAGUAACCAUACAAGUUCGAUUAUUUGGACAGCCUGGGUCGAGUGUUGAAUUGUCGUGGUCGGACAAUGCAGAUUCAAAUAUCGAUUCUGCGUCUGACACCGCUGUUGAAAACACCGCACACUCGAUAUCACGUCGUAUCGGAAGCUUGACUCCAACUUCCACCUCAGAGGUGCAGGUUAUCCUGUCUAAUACAGUAGAUGCCUCUAAGUAUGAGCUUGAAAUAUCGGUCCAAUACACUUUAUCGUCAGACCCACAAACGCCUAUUUCCAAAUCCGUCUCUGUGGACUUGGAAUUCGUGAGACCAUUUGAGGCAAAUUACGAAUUUCUCCCACGACUUCAUUCUCAGCCAUGGCCUAAUUUGUUCAACUUUGGCGGAGAUCUGACAACUCCUGACACGACGAAACCAGAAGGCAUACAGCAGAAAUGGGCAGUCAACUCAAAGUUGGUCUCCUUCGCCUCUGAGCCACUUGAUAUUGAGAAGAUCAGCCUUGUCCUUAUCGACAUCCACGGUGGAGCAGUCUGUGAGUUGGGCACGGAGACUUUGGUUAUGCCCCAAAGUACGCAGAUAUUGCCCGGGGAUCUUCGCGAAUCCGAGUUUUUGGUCAAUGCACAGAAAAUGGACCUCGACGAUCGGCAAUCUGUAACGCUCGAUGUUUCCUUGGAUGUACAUUGGAAAAGAGUGUCGUCAGGCAGCAAUGCAACCACGACGGUGUCUUCGUUGGCCAUGCCCCGAUUCCUGAUCCCGAUGGGCGAGCCUCGUAUUCUAGCCUCAUCGGUAUCAUCUGAGCAGCUGCCCGGCUUGGUGCACCUGGACUAUACUCUUGAGAACCCGUCGAUACACAGUUUGACUUUCAACUUGACAAUGGAAGCUAGCGAACAUUUUGCAUUUAGCGGGGCCAAAACAAGAGUCCUUCAAAUGGUCCCUCUCAGUCGGCACACUGUGCGAUACACGCUCUUUGCAUUCAAACCAGGCAUGUGGAUUCAACCGCAUCUUCUUGUGAUUGACACAUACUUUAACAAGACUCUUCGAGUCCUGCCAACUGAGGGCAUGCAGUCUGACAGAAAGGGCAUAUUGGUCUGGGUUGAUGCUGACGGCUCCUAA